CAUUUGCCAUCGGACAAGAAGUCAUUGACUGGACGCCCAAGGAACAAAUAGUCAUCCACAUCAUUCACCAGAUUCUCGCCUUUCACUGCCCUUCGUCGCGCAUCAGUACGGCCUUGUCUGCCAGCGCUACUUGUGCCUGGCUCACGACUCAUCUGUACGCCCUGGCGGUGCGGUCACAUCAGUCAGAGCUGAUUCAUCAUCGCCCUCCAAUACGACAGUCGAAGCGUGGCAAGAGAGGUGCAAGCCAAGCUCAUUGCAAGGAACCCCUCUCACGUUUGACUCUCUGGAAUGCAUCCGCAUCGGUAGCUCCCUUCUGCCUUUCACACAGAAGUGCACCUUUAUUCAAGCCCUCUCGGCGGCCUCUACCAGACGUACUGCUAGCACAACGACCUUAGUGCAUUCAACAUCCUCUCAGGCAUCUAGAAAUCUGCCACUCGAGCAUUCUAAUUUCGAAUCGACCCGGAAAUGCGUGCAGGGCAGAGCGGCGGCUUGGAAGGCGUCGUUUCCAAAGCUGCUGCUGCAUCCAGCCGCACCCAGCCUCGACUUCCGCUUCCUCACCAGCUUGCUCAUCCAUCACACCGAGCGUCCCAGCCGGAGGUCACCGCACUUGUCUCAAACAACACCUCAAAUCGAAGCCUGUCGCACGCUGGGACUCGACAGGAAGAGGAGAGUCCAUCCACCGAGGCAAUCGGACCCGCAACGUCGCCCUCCCGCGACGAUCACGCGGCGUCAAGGGAGCAUAACCUGGCCACCACACCUGAAAAUUCCCCACAUCCGAGCUCCUCAGCUCGCACGCUGUCGCGCGGCAGUGUCUUGAAGGAGGAGAGUGAAGGCGUGAACGCUGACGGCAGCUCCCAACCUGCCGUCAGCAAAGGAGGCGCUCGGGUUGCGAAAGCGUGCCUGCCUUGCAGUAGCAAGAAACGUCGCUGUGAUGGAGGGCGUCCCGAAUGCAAAGUCUGUGCGGUACUAGGUACUGCAUGCUCUUACAACUCUUCCGGCUUGAAGCGAGGUCCUCCCAAGGGUUUCAGAUCAUCGCCCAAGGAAUCGGCUCGCGUGCGUCUCAUCAGGCAGCUCGAAACCACUAUUCGCGACCUCACAGCUCAGCUAGGAACGGAAACUGCAGCUAUAGAACUUGAACGCAUCAGCGCUGAGCGCGGCAUACAACUCCCGAGUCAGACUUCAGAACCAGAAGGCCGCUCUAUGCCUACUCCGACUGCCGCUCCCCAGGAUGGUCUUGGACAGCGAUCAACAUCUUCAGAAGAGCGAGAUAGCGAGUUCCUUGGCAUCAACGAGAAAGGGGAAGUCAGUCAUAGAGGAUCAAGCUCCGGCAUACACUUGCUGCAUCGUCAAAGUCAGCAGCAAGCCCCUGGCAAGUCCCCGCUCAAGCCGCAUUCUGCACAACCCCUGACAUCAUUAGAGGGCCUUGCUGAUCGAGGAGCCGAAUCUAGCGCGGAGGGCGCCAACAGAAGUGGACAGCCGGUUAGCAUCGUACCGCUGCCCCUCGCCCGGCCUAAUGGGAACCGACAAAACAGUGGCUCCGAUUCGUCCACAGCGCCCCUUCGGGGAUUUCCCCUGCGUGGCGUGCCGGUACUCUCAAAUGGCGCCCAAGCAAACCGAGAUCAUAUCCUCAACACGUUGUCGCCAUCCGGCGUAGCGUCGCGCCGUCUACUUCGAGGCAACGUGGACAGUAACGGAUCUUCAACUUCGGCAGGCUCGUCGCCCCGUCCAGAGGGCAGAAGUGACAACGCAGAUGCGUCCGAGGCUACAGCGCUCAGAGCUUGUCUAGUCAAUAUUCGCAACCAGACCACACUCUUAACGGAGCAAUCGCAGGACUUGAUGGGUGCGCCUCUGCUCACGGAGGCAGCUAAUGCACGUUUGUGGCGCUUCUACUGGAGCGGGUUUCAUCCCAUUUGGCCGAUCCUCUAUAAGCCUGCCCUGGAUGAAUUGCCGCUGGGCGAGCUGCCAGCUCGAAUCGAUCCAGUCCUGCUGUUAGCUGUGUACGCCAUCGCAACCUGCGUCGGCGCUCCGCCGCGAGAAGGGUCGACCAAGCCAAUCACCGCCCUGAACUGUAACCUCGAUGAUGAGCUCGGAGAGCGUCCAGGAGAGAUACUCGCUCGACGAUCGGAGCAGUACCUCUACGCCUCGCGAUUGAGACCCUGCGUGUCAACAAUUCAAGCAGCAUUUCUGUUGGCGCUGUAUCACCAUGGCCAAGGAGAUCUCUCGAAGGCGUGGACUCUUAGCGGCCUGUCUCAAAGCUUGUCGAUGGACCUUGGCUUCCACAGGUGGCCGAUUCAUCGUCUUGAUCUGCUCUCACACACCGGUGAACGAGAAACGCGUGUUCGACUCAUCCAUCACGUCAGGAUCCUCGGUACCCUGCUUUCUGCAGAGAUGGGCAGACCAGUGUUGAUGCAUGCUCGUGAUUGCGACGUGCCCCUCCUUUCGGAAAACGUCGAUGAUGAGCUGGAGUUGUGGGACGAUCAGGUCGAGAUGCACUCUGAAGAGUCUGUUGGCAAGCCUACCGCGGCUAGACCUCGCUACAUUCACGCCGCUUCCACGCUGAACCAAGGCGUGCUGCUCUUCAAUAUCAUCGAAAGCAUCCUCACCUCUGUUCACUCAUUCCGACGCAAAGCUGCUCUGCGAAGGCAAGGAACUUCCAGAGAGACUCUGGGAGAGCUUGACCGGCGACUUUCGGCUUGGAAACAAGAUCUCCCUGAACACUUGCGCCUCGAGCCCACCGAUCUCGCGCGGCUCGACUCGAGCGGACCCUUGCCAUCGCUGUUUGUACUUCUGGUCUGGUACUAUACAGCCAUCCUGCUGCUUCACAGACCUUUCAUCCCUCAAGAUGAUGAUGCCACGCUCCAAGAAGUGCUAGAGAAUUCAAGUCACCAAAAGUGCACACUCGCUGCCAACACGCUUUCCGACUUGCUCGAACCGACGUCGGUAGACAUGGACAGACUGAGUGGAGAUCUUGCAUUCUGCAUCUUUUCCGCAAGCUUGCUUUUCCUCUUCAAUUGCGGACUGUCGGACAAGGUCAUCGCUGCAGAUGCUCGGCGACGCUUUGGUUUGUGCCGACAAUGGCUAGGCAAGCUCAGCUCUCGCUGGCCCGCUGCAAGUGCUCAUAAGCAGCUUCUGGACGGAGUUGCCACCGUCGGCGAAAGCUACAUGAGCGAGCGAAAAGAUCAACAUGAUGAUGCUGGGCAUCGCGCCGUGCACGCCAAGUCGACCAAACGACCACGGAGCCGGGCCUCGUCUAAAGCGCAACCACCAGAAAAAUUGUCAAAGACCGCGACCAGCAGUGCUUCCAGGAACCCCACAAGCACUUCUGAGCGUGAAGAAAUCAGCUCGACCUUGGCAGCUUCUCAAGGAAAUGCCGUCGCCCCCUCUUCCCGCAAAGCGUGGAGUACUUCAAAUGAGCGACAAGCUCCGGCCCAAAGCUCCACUUUGCCGCCCACGACUUCUCGAGUGGGCGUGAACUCGCACUCGACAACGCAAGCGUAUCGUGACGCGGAUGUUUCUCGCGCAGAUGCUUCACAGGGCAGUGCUGAGGCCAUGCUUUUAAGCACCAAUCAGCAACCGAUUUGGGGCGGCUUUGCUGCCAGUGCAGAGCAACAACGCGCGAUCAUCGAUUAUCUGCACGGCACAAACGCCUACGACAUUCCUUCGACUGGCGCCGAAUUCUACAGCCACGCGCCUAGUCUAUUCGACGCCGACACUGUGUUCUGGAACGAGACAGCCGGGCGACGUGACUCUAUCGCGGGGCAGCAGGGAGUACCACAGGACGGAGGCCCAUCUAUGAUCACGGCAGCGACAGCUUCCGAGCUGUAUCGACAACGCCAUGAACAGCCAGCUGCGGAUGGUCUGGCCAUGCUGGCCAACGUCACGGCUCGGAAUGGCAUGCUUCAUGAAUCCCAUCACAGACAAGCCUUUCCGGCCACCAACAGCUUCUUGCCCAACUCCACCUCCGUGCAGGCACCUGGACAUGGUAUCGCUCAGCCACAGCCACAAUCCGUCAUGGCAUUGCUCGGGAACCUACCGCAGCAGCAACGUGGCGACUUUCAAGAUGCUCAGAACUGGUCCGCCUUCCAACAACUCUCGACUAGUUCGCCUUUUGGCUUUCAGUUGGAUCCUAGCCAGCCGACGUGGAGCGACGUGAUGUCGAUGCUUCAAUUACCUCCUUCUUUCAGCUCCGACCCUCGCUCUCAACCCUCGCCUGCUCCUUUGCCGCCACCUCGCACGCUUCGUAGAUUACCAUGACCCUUCAGUUGAAACGACUAGCAUCAUUGCCCCGCACUAGAUCCGAUCGCAAUGUCAC